AUGAACGCAUCUCCAUCAUCAACCCCAGUCUCUAACCGAACCGUUGCGUUACGAUCGACUCGUCAUCCGCGUCUCUCUUACUCUUCCCUCGCUCCCUCAUCCUCCGAUCACCCGAAGAGAGAGGAAGCUCCGGUCUCUGAGGAUGAAGAGAAGAGGAAGAGUUGGAAUCUGCGGCGGAGGGAGGCAAAGAAUCAUCAGAAACCGAGCGGAGGAGUGAUGGUGAUGGAGCCGUCGAGAUCGAACAGACAGAGAGCGAUCGCGGCGGAAUCUAACGGCGUCGAGGUUAAGAAGGUGAACCACAGGAGGCUUUGGGUGGCGCUUUCUAGAGACGAGAUUGAAGAAGACGUGUUGAGUAUAUGCGGGAACAAGCCGUCUCGUAGGCCACGAAAGAGAGCAAAGACGUUGCAGAAACAUCUCGAUGUUAUGUUCCCUGGAAUGUGUCUUGUUGGGAUGAAUGCUGAUUGCUUCACAGUAUCCACUUCUCCUGCUAAGCCAUGAUCGGGGGCCUAUAGACAAGGAGUGUUUUUUUAGUGAAGGAAGAAGGGUAGAUAGGUAUG